GUGGCCCUAACAGUUCGAUUUCGGCAGCCGUCGCGUGAGCGUUGAUCGAUGGAUGCAGUUUAGUCCGUUAUCAGAUGGUAUAGUGGGAGGCAUUGGAAAUGUACUAGUAGAUCUGCCGGAGUUAUUACAGCGCUGAUUUCUGGUGGUGAUAAGUGAAUGUGUACAAUUUGGGUCGUUAUUUUUGGUGAAUCGAUUGUGCUCGGUUGAGUGAUAAUUUAUGGGAUGAAUAAUAAUCGUGGCAGUAGAUAAAACCGACAUACAGUAUUGAGAAGCAGUGACGGUGCCCGGAGUCCAAGCCGGACCGAAGAUAUCUCGAAAAGUGAUUCAAUUACGCUGCUAAUGCCUUCGAAUAAAUUACAAUAAAUUUGUCGCUCGUCAACCACUUGUGCGCGUACGAAGAUCUAGUAUGAAAUUAUCCUUUGGGUAUCCGUUUUCUCAUCUCUGCGAAGUACGGUGCUCUGAGCCCACAGUGAACUCCUGAACAAAUAACGACACACGCAGCCUUUGGUGCUUAUCCCAAAAUCGACGAAGUACAAAGCCAACAGUCGAUGAUGUUUGCACCCAGCGCCGUUUGAAGUGUAUUUGCCAUCCAAGUAUAGCAAGCAAAAUGUGAACAUCUUGGGCAAGCAAUCCAAUCCCGGGAAAGUCCCCAUUCGAGUGGAGCAGCAGUUUCGAUCCGUAGAAAAAGGGUCAAUGCAAUACAAAUUGGAAAAUUUGUAUGUGUUGAUUUCAGUCGACGGACGUUCUAAUCCUAAAUCAACAACAAAUCAAAACAUGGCUAAAUGUGUAACUGUGAUGUGAAGUGAAGCGAACGAUUGGGUGCGCUUGGAAAAUCCUUGCAAAGAAGAAAGUGAAAAGCCGACGGAAAAGCCCUUCCCAAAAGUUGAGCAGGGUUAUUGUGCUCAUGAGAGUUGACGUGCUAACGAAAAGACACGUGGAAAAUCAAUGCAAAUAUUUAUCGAAGAGUGUUUCCGCUAAUCAAAUUUUUCGCUGGCGUUGCCAAUGAUAAAUGGUCGUGAAUUUAACCCUCUCCCAGUUCAAAUAUUUGAAUAGUGCUGUUUGUUACUAGCCUAAACCAAUUUAGGAUCAAUUUGUUCCAGCAGUGCUGUGUCUUUCGCUUUGAGAUAGUAGUCUUUGCCGAGAAUUGGCGUUCCGCUUCUGGAAACGAAAAUAAUUUCACGGAUUGUGCACAGUGCUUUGGGAAAUCCGAACGAAACUGAAAGCUAAAAGCUUCGAAGAACCUUAAAAUACGUCGCUCUGAAGCGAGUUGAACGGCAUACGCCAGAAGGAAAAUCCACCCAUGGAUUAGGCUCUAAACGGAAACUCCUCACUUCUAUCAAACCAACGUGCGGAAAGCAGUGUUGAACGUGUGUGCGUAUGAAAGCAGAAGUGAAAUCGGGCUCCCGGUGAAUAUUCAAUCGGCUCAGGCCGAAUGUAUGAAGUGUGUGCCACCUCCCUUCGAAAAAAAGAAAGAGGAAAUCCGAAUGUUAAGUGGUACACUACGGCAUUAGUCAAUCCAAGCGUGAAAACCUGCCACAAUCCGGCGAAGCUCCUAGAGUUUGUGUAUGUGAAAGUGCUAUUUUUCUCGAACGUCUGAAAAAUACAUAAAAUGUGAAACACCUCAGUGUGAGAAAUUCGAGGCAAACAGAAAAAUUCACCAUACAGAAAAAUCCUAAUGAAAACCGAAAGCAGCCAAGAGGAUUAAACGCCUGAACGGUUCAAGCUCUCCAUCUUUUGAUCCUCUCCGAAACAUCCUAGGCAAAACCAUCCCUACUUGUACGAGACUUUCAACGCCCUACCGUACCGUACAUAUGUGUACCACCAGCAAACCCCAGAUAAUAAUUACUUUGCAGAACCUUUCGGAAUAUACGGUGAAAAGAAACCCCUGCCACCCACAGUGAUAACAGAGCGUUGCGCUUUUAGUUCGGUGGCGGGCGGCAGCGCUUCGGAAACGUCAGAAGCAGCCUUCCCAUAGCGCGCGCAAAGUGCUUCAUCCGUCGUUGUGUCGUUAACUUUUCAUCCAAUUUCAUUGGGACUAAAGAAGAAAGGUAUCGCCUGCCUGCCUGCCUAGCAGUUCGCGGGGCAGCGGGGAAGAGUGUUCGUUCAUGUGCCAGCCAGUGAAAAAGGAACCAAGUAUAUGUUUUGAAUUUCUAUGCAGAGGAAAAUAACUGCACCACCAUCAUCGUCGUCCGCAGCAGCAUCGACUAGAUCAAAGAAAACGCUGAAAAAAGCGCCAGUCCGGGGAAUCCAGCAGAUGGAGUCAAAGAAACAUAUGUGGCUAUGGAGUUUCAACACAAUUGAUUAAGAUCGGCGGCAAAGGCCAUCGUUUCUUCGGUGAACAAUGAACGGGCUGGACUUGCAACAACGCUUCAGCUCGACUAACUGGCACUGCUGCAGCGCAGUGGCGAGCUCUGCCAAAGAGUGAUAAAAAUCUAUUGAAUAUUCAGUCAAGUGAGAAAUGCCUUACCACAUUGCUUCCUUCAUUGGCAUUGUCCUGCAAACGAGUGCAAACGACGACGACGACAACGACAACGCGGUGCAAGGACGACCGAGAUCAAACUGAAAAUUGUUGGAAAGUGAACAGUUUCAAGGGUGAAAACACACCGAACAGAGGCCGGGAUCACACAGAAGAAAAAAAAAAGAAUUGCCACUAGUGAAAAGUGAAGAACACUCCACGAAGGGUGGUGUGGGAGGAAAAUCAUUGGCAAUUUUCUAGCUAAACAGAAGAAGAUCGGGAGGAAAAUGACAAUGUCAACAAUUGUUCACUGCUGCACCCCUCCAUCGGUGGCCCCAUCGAUUGCAUCAGUUUUAGAAACUUCAAAAAACUUAUCUUAAUUUGAAAGUGAUUUUCUUCUCUUACAUAAUUCAUUGGCGUCUCCCACCAAGAAAAUAGAGACCUGGGGUGGUGAGGAAAAACGAUUACGCUUCUGCCACACCGCAGCGGAAGUUGAUGGUGGAAUAGUGUGCUUCAGCAACUUAGUUCUGGAAGCGUGAUACGGUGCUACACCCGUACCAAGUGGGGAGGGAAAACAACUUCGGAUCGUCCCAGUUGAAAAGAGAAAAAAACUUUCCUGCCACCAAGCCGCCUUCCAUUAAGCUUCAAGCUUCAACUUUAGCGACCUGUAUACUUCUGACAGCUUGUACAUAGUAGAACGUCCUUUUUGCACACUAGUUUGUAUGUGUAAAUAGGCAUUUUUUUAGUUCGAAAUAACAGUAUGCUUCUGGGAAAUCCCCACCGUUAGACUGCAGCAUCCUGAUAAACACAACGCUAAGAUUGAGCACAUAUAUGCCUUUCUGUUCUCCAUGACCCUCUGCACCUUCCGCAAUUUUGCUGGUCAUCGCAACUUUUUUUUCCGUAACGAAUGAACAAACUAGUGCAGAAGACAGACCAGCAGUUUAGUGUAGUUAUUUCUAAGCAGAGUAGCAACAAUAUUAUUUUACAUCGGUUACAUAUUUUCUCUCGACUGCUCGUCCCAGCACCAUCACGGAGUGAGGACUGAAUAAAAAAAAAGACUGAAGAUUCUGCCGGUUUUCAGAAUAGAAAAGCAUCUGAUGUCAAGCAGAGUUACGCGGCAAGUAUGUACGAAGUGAAACAGUGCAGAGUGUAAAAGUAUGCUCACGGGAAACCGGAAGCGAUAACGGUUGCCUGAACUACUCUUGUGAAGAGUUCUGAAAGAAAGCACACUCGAAAAAACAAGUUCAGCGAAGCAAGUGGGGUAAUACGCGCGCGGUGAGCAGCAGAAGAAAACGACACAUUGCGGAAAUUUGCGGUGCCAGCGCUACACAGCAACUAGACGGGAUGAGCACAUUCAAAAUGACAAUGACGAGGACGUACAUAAUCUGCAUACUAUGGAUGGCUGUUUUUCUCGACAUGAGCGAUACAGUAAACGGUUCGCAACGAGAGGCCUCCAAGCAGCAACCCCAGCAGCAGCAACAACAGCAAACCACCACGAAGGACACAGCUAGCCAAGUGAAUCUUCCUGGCAGCAGCGGCAGCAGUAGCAGUAGUAUCAGCAGCAGCAGCGGCAGCAGUAGUAGUAGCGGUAGCAGUAGCAGUCGAGCUAGCAACGUCGAAACCACUGACGCCACCCGGACCGGGCCUUACUUUGAUCUGUCGGCGUCGAAAAACGUAACCGCACUUCUGGGCAAAACAGCAUAUCUCAACUGCAGAGUGAAAAAUUUAGGCAACAAAACGAUGCUGCUGCAAGUGUCUUGGGUGCGGCACCGGGACAUUCAUCUGCUCACCGUCGGUCGCUACACGUACACCUCCGAUCAACGAUUUCGGGCGAUACAUCAUCCCCACACAGAAGACUGGAGCCUGCAGAUCAAGUAUCCGCAGCACCGAGAUUCCGGCAUCUACGAGUGCCAGAUCUCGACUACGCCACACAUGAGCCAUUUCGUGCAUCUGAACGUAAUAGAGCCAUCAACGGAAAUAAUAGGAGCACCGGAUCUAUACAUCGAAAGCGGAUCGACGAUAAAUUUGACGUGCGUUGUGAAAGACUCUCCCGAGCCACCGGCCUACAUUUUCUGGAAUCAUAACAACGUGAUCAUCAGCUACGACUCUCCCCGUGGAGGUGUUUCCGUCAUCACCGAGAAAGGUGACACGACCACAUCAUUCCUGCUAAUCCAGAGUGCCCGGCCCUCUGAUUCUGGACAGUAUACUUGCAAUCCGUCCAAUGCCAAAAGCAAAAGUGUCACCGUGCAUGUGCUGAAUGGUGUUUCCCAUUCUGUUUCUAGGGGAGUUCCCAGCAGCAAUGCAGCGCGCGGGCCAACCGCAUCAUCGCACGCCCCAGCAUCAUCAGCUUUUGGUGUUUCUGUCUGUUUUUAUAUCAUCGCUAGUGUGCUACAGGCUGGUCAUAGGACGCGGAGUGCUUGCCCCGACGUAGCCAGUUUUCUAGACACCUUCGCAACCCUAGUCUUUAGACCGUUUCUGUUACUAACGCACACAAUCUAUCGAAUACUGAUCAAUCAAAUUACGAAAUUCAAUCAUCGCCUAGGAUGCAACAUCGGUAGCAGCAUAAGAUCCCCACUGGUCCUGAUGGUGUUGACGCUGGUGGCGUCUUUCCAUCGAAUGGCGGACUUUUUUCUCCGAUCCCUGCUACUAACUACUUCUUCCCUGUCACAGCGAUGGCAGCACAGCCACUGUCGGAGGAUAUCGAGCCUAGGGUUGUUGGUCACAUCCGUCCUUCCGAGACGGACAAUGGACAUCAUUACUCGAAUAUUCCGGGUGGUGCUACUUAAACAUAACGGACACACAUUCGAGUUUGUGUUAAAUCACUUGUGGAAUCAAAGAUUCGCAGUUAGAUGAGAAAAUUUUAAUCUGUAGGUUAAUCAAUCAUGUAUGGUUAUUGUAAAUUCAACAUUAACAGAACAAAUAUAAUGCAAAAGAAACUUAUAAAUAAAAUAAAUAAAUGAAAUCUAGCCUAAGGUGAUCUGUUAUUCAUAAGCUUUAGGUAUCUAUAACUAGAAUCAAUGAAUGAGUUAAUGAAACAAAUCAAAUUCAUUUUCCAAAGGAAAGCAGCUAAGCGAAUGGUGGUAGGUAUAUUCUGAAAGAACGGAUACUGAUUUAAUUUUUAAAACCACGUUGAAUCGUUAUGGUGAAGAGUAUUGGUGAUUGAGUGAUAUUUUCAUAUUAAAAUUAUUACGAAGAAAAGCAAAACCCGAGAAAAUAUAAUGAACUAUGAGAAAUACCAUAAAACAAUAUAUGAUAAAUGAAUGUACAAAAUUAUGGACAGUAUAUAAAAGGAAAUAAACCUAAAACGUAAACCAAAUGGAUAACUGAAGUUGA